AUGGUCUUCCAUCUCACCUGGUUAUUCUAUAUUAAUUAUCUUCCUUGCAUCGAUUCAUCUAUUCCCUAUCAAGCCUACAUUAUUUGGGCUUUCUUGCUUUAUUUUCCAACUAGGCUUGAUGUCAUGGGAAAUCCGAGGGCUAUGAAGAAGACUGCUACUCGCGAGACUACUAAUAUGCUAAAAGCUUGGCUUAAGGAACAUCGUCGAAAUCCUUACCCAACAAAGGGAGAGAAAAUCAUGCUUGCAGUGAUCACGCGCAUGAACCUCACCCAGGUUUCCACUUGGUUUGCGAAUGCUCGUCGCCGGCUGAAGAAAGAGAACAAAAUGACUUGGAUUCCUAGGCAUCGCCAUGAUACACAUGGUGCAUCUUCCUCAGUUGCGGCUGGGCCUGACAACCGAAAUGGAAUAUCUAGCAGUGGGGCGAAUUGCAAUGGCAACGGUUUUACUUGUCAGCCAGCCCGCCCGAUGCCGUUGCUACCGUACAGUCAAAGAUAUGACCAUGAGAUGGGCAUGGACUCAGACGAAUUUGCUGACCUUCAGGAAGACAUUGAUCGAGUUUCCGAACCCCGUCCGCUUUCCUCGUCAACCGUCACUUUUGGCCAAGUUGACCAUGGCUACGUUCUAGCUGAAAGCGAAGCACUUUCACCAAGCCGAACUCACCGGUUCCCCAGCUCGACGGGCCUGGAUCUAGUCAGCUAUGACCUUGCUACGGAGGCCCGACAUAAUAUGCAAAAAUUCAAUCCGCCGAAUUCUAGCUAUUCUACACAGGCAACCACCGUCAUUUCUUGUCAUCCCGCUCCUGCUGCCUGCAAAGGUGAUCAGGUCUCCUUUUGUGAGGACGGCCAAUUGUUGAAUGCCACCCUCCUGCCUUGCCAUUGUGAACCUGGUUUUGAUGGCCAGAUAAACCAACUAAAUAGAUUCGAAAAAUUCGCGACUAGAUUUUCACCUCCUACAAUGGUUACACAAAGUCCAACUGAUCCUCAUCAACUCCCCCUUUCUAUUGCUCAUGUUCCUGGCAUUCUUUCAAAUCCGCCUCCGUCUUCAACUAAAUCCCCUUUCACUUCGUAUCCUGCCCUAUCUCCGCUGUCUGGCCAAACGCUACCUGCUCCUCCAAACAAUAGUCAUCUGCCAUCUGGGCCUUCGUCCACUCUAUUUUCAGCAGCGGCAGCAGCAGCAGCUGCUUUGGCUAUGCAGAAUGUGGCUGCAAUUCAACAUCGCCAGUACAACCAAGAUGGGUGA